CACAUCAAGAAGGGCAAGGGUUAACUCCGAGACCUAGUUAACACAAAAUGAAGGGGGUAAAUCAUUAUAAACUAGGUCCAGUCAUGAGCCUGAGCAUCUUGAUCCUAAUGGGGCUCAUGGGAGGAUUCGUGUGGUGGUCGAUACAGGGAACCCAGACUGACACAGAAUCGAGACGAGGGAGACAUCCAACUCAUAAUUUGUAUUGGCAGUAUGCUAAUUUUACAGUUAAACAAGCGAACAGGUCAAAUUGUCUAGUUUGCUCAACUCUGCCACACACCGUUACACAACCAUUCGUGUUCGAGAUCGCCAACACAACGGAUGAAGACACUGCGCAAGCAUGGCGAGCUGUGAUGGAAGCUGUCUGCAAUGAUGUAGAAGACUGUAGUGUCACGUAUCAAGGUGGGGGAGAUGACCCAAGGGUAGAAAUUAGUGUAAAUGAAUUAGGAAAGGGGAUAAAUUAUACCUUAUGCGCAGGGCGAAAGGGUGAUCCAAACUCAAACCUCGUAGGGAAGGUCAAGGAAACUAGGUGUUCAACCAUUUGCACUGUGCAGGGUUCAGUCCCAAAUCCAAAUGUGACUUGCACGGGACGAAGUGGCACUCUGUACAAGCAAGGCAGAAAAGCAAUAACAGGAAGUGACUUAGGACCAGGAGGGAAUCUAACUCAGUUAGCGGGUCCAACCUUCUAUUACCCAGGCUGGCAGUGGAAGUGUGGUCACUAUGUGUAUAACUUUCUUCUGGUAGAUUGGAAAGGCACGUGUGCCCUGGUCCAAUUAGAUGCCCACCUAAUAAUAGCAACCCCUGAGACGAGUGGCAGACGACGCAGAAGUGUCGACGAUGAUUUUCCUCCUCCAGAACAUCAGCUGCAACCCAAGUCUUCACAUAGGUAUGACCCAGCAGGGCAAAGAUCGCAAGAAGAGGGUGUGCCAAAAAAAAUCUGGCAUCAGGAGACAAUCACAAAGCUGCAGCUCAGUGUUUACAUUGGUGUCCUGGCCAUUUUUAAGGAGUAUGUCAUGGUUUUCCAGGGAAGUGAAACAUUGGUGCACAAGCUACAUGAAAAACAGCUUGAGCUGUUCAUGUCCUUCUUUGCCUGCUUCAUUAAGGGGGAGUACUUCACAGCAUUGUCACCCAGGGCUCUUGUUAACCUGGUCUUGGAAGACCACAUGAUUUUGCCUGCAAGAGAGAUCUAUGUUGGACAGGAUGCAGACGCAUUCAGGUCAAAGACUCUAAAUCAUGCCCUGCUGAAGCCAUUUAUGGAGAAGCUAAAAAUGGCCUACACAACCACUGCUGCAUAUAUGCAGGCAAAGCUUCCCUUGAACAGCCAGACCCUGAAAGCCCUCUCCGCUCUGGACCCACUUUUGAGAAGCCAUUCUCAAGGACCCAUCCAACUGAAGAGGCUGAGUGGAAUGUUGAGCCACCUCCUUCCGCCAGGCUGUGAUGUCCACCAAGAAAUCCUGAAGUUCAGUGUGGAUCUGGCGUUGCCUGUCUACAAGGAGGGAGAUUGCUUGGUGGAGUGGUGGGAUCACAUCUUUCAGAAGGAGAAAUAUCAGGCCCUCACUGCACUAGUGAAAAGUGCUCUGUCCAUCUUCCAUGGCCCCAGGGUGGAGUCAGCCUUCAGUCUAAUGAAUGAAGUGAUUGACUCCAAAAGCGGGAAUAUGAAUGUUGUGACCUGCAAUGCCAUUCAAACUGUAAAAUAUAACCACCUGGCAAGAGGGAAAUCAGCCGUGGAGUUGUUUAAAAGGGAGGAUGUGUCUUGUGGGGAGGUGGAUCGUGUGCUGUGCAAAAACAUCCGGACAGCCGGAACAGCUGACAAACACCAGUGACAACAGCGUUUGAAAAAUGCUGAAUGUGGAUGGUCUCACAGUGCAACAGCAAGCAAAGCCCAGGUGGCUGAGAAGGAGAAGCAGGCCAGGCUGAGGCACGCAGCUAAACACAGGAAGAGGGCCUGUGAACUCCUGGUGCAGGCCAAAAAGAAAAAACAAUAAAAUGGCUGUAAAGAAA